GAAUAUACAGAAAGGGAAAGGGAAGGGGGCUGACUGUGGAGAGCCGUCAUUGACCAAUAAGAGAAUAAGAAUGUUUUUUGACCAGUUUCGAGGCCAAAAACAAACUCCUGAAGGCAACAUGAAUACACAGUAUAUAUACGAAAUUUUAGGAGAAAAUGCCUUGUACUACAUUGCAGCUUCCUUUGCUUUGUUGUGGAUUCUGGUGUGGCUGUACAGAGACAGCCUGGAGAUAGAGAACCUUUCUGACAAGUAUGUCUUCGUGACUGGUUGUGACACGGGGUUUGGCAACCUUCUGUGCAAGAAGCUCGACCGUAGAGGUUUUCGAGUUCUGGCUGGCUGUCUCACAGAGAAGGGAGCUGAUGAUCUGAAAAGAGUGACAGGGCCUCAUCUUAAGACAGUCCUGCUGGAUGUGACCAGUCAGAGCAGCAUCCAGGCAGCUAUGGAGUGGACCAAGAAGGAGGUUGGCGAUAGAGGACUUUGGGGUAUUGUGAACAAUGCUGGACGUUCCUUACCCAUGGGUCCUUCAGAGUGGAUGCGAGUGGAGGAUUUCCACAGCACACUGAAAGUGAACAUGAAUGGAGUCAUUGCCAUGACUAUGACCUUCCUGCCCCUCAUUAAAAAGGCCCGUGGACGUAUUGUAAAUGUGGCAUCUGUCCUCGGCAGGGUGGCUGCAAAUGGUGGUGGAUACUGCAUCUCCAAGUUUGCAGUGGAGAGUUUCUCUGACUGCCUGAGGAGAGAUAUAAACUACUUUGGAAUCAAAGUGUGUAUCAUUGAGCCAGGGUUUUUCAAGACAGCAGUCACCAAUCUUGAUCCCAUUGAGAGGGAACUGCACCGUCUCUGGAAUCAGCUCAGCCCCGAAGUGAAAGCAAGCUAUGGAGAGAAGUACCUGGAUAACUACAUCAAGAUCCAGCGUUUGAUCAUGCAUGCCGUGUGUGACUCAGACCUCACCAAGGUGACCAGCUGCAUGGAGCACGCUCUGACUGCAGCUCACCCACGCACUCGGUACAGCGCCGGCUGGGAUGCUAAGCUUCUCUGGAUCCCUCUCUCUUACAUGCCUUCCUGUGUGGUUGAUAUUGGACUGAAGCUGGUGCUCCCUCGUCCUUCCAAGAGUGUGUAACUCAUCAAUUCUUGAAGAAUGCCUUCAGAAUUUUUAGCUUCAUUAUGUUAUUGUGUCUGAUGCAGUAGACCCUGCUGUCCAUAAUAGACACUGACCAUUUAAUAAUCAGAUUAUGCUUGUAUGCAUUUUGUGUAUAUUUUACUGUACAGUAGUAUAUCCAUAUAAGUUUGUAUAUUUGUGAAAUUUGUCAAUUAAGACUGGUCUAACCCUA